AUAAUUCUCCAUUCUCCCUUAUUCGUUGUCUGUCAAACGAAAAUUUGUUUUUUAUACCCUUGCCAUCCACGCUCUUCAACUCAUUUCACAAACUCCCAUCAAAUAAAAAACAAAACAAUAAUAAGAAAAAAAAAUGAAAAUCGCUGUCGAAGGUUGUGCCCAUGGCGAGUUAGAAAAAAUCUACGAAACUAUAGAAAACAUACAAAAGGCGGAAAAAAUUAAAAUCGAUUUGUUGUUGUGUUGUGGUGAUUUUCAAUCCACUAGAAAUCUAGAGGAUCUACAAACUAUGGCAGUUCCAAAAAAAUACAUGGACAUUUGUACUUUUUAUAAGUAUUAUAGUGGCGAAAAAAUCGCGCCAAUUUUAACUAUAUUCAUCGGUGGCAAUCACGAAGCCUCUAAUUAUCUCCAAGAACUACCCUACGGUGGUUGGGUGGCUCCAAAUAUCUACUAUUUGGGUUAUGCUGGAGUUGUCAAAGUCAAUGGCAUCCGAAUUGCUGGUCUUUCGGGAAUUUACAAAAGCCACGACUUCUUUCGGGGACGUCAUGAGUUCUCACCGUACACGGAAGGAACGAAAAAGAGUGUCUACCAUGUGCGACAGUUGGAUGUCUUUAGACUGAAACAGUUGUCAGGGAAAAUAGACAUUUGCAUGUCCCACGAUUGGCCAAAAGGUAUUUACAACUUUGGUAAUAAAGCCCAAUUAGUUAGGUUCAAACCGCAUUUCAAGGAUGAAAUCGAUCAAGAACGUUUAGGAAGUCGUCCAUGUGAAGAUCUCCUGAAUAAACUGCAGCCAUCUCUUUGGUUUUCUGCUCAUUUGCAUUGCAAAUUUGCUGCACUGGUUUCACACGAGGACACUGGUCGUGUGACAAAGUUCUUGGCAUUGGACAAAUGUCUACCGAAGCGACGGUUUCUUCAAGUCUUGGAUAUCGACUCUGUCGAGCACAUCGAUGAUGAGGAACUUAAAUUGGAAUACGAUCUUGAAUGGUUGACUAUUCUCUUUCUUACCAACCAUCUAAUCUCUGUGAAGAGUUCACAGCAUUUUAUGCCAGGUCCAAAUGGCUCUGAGCGUUAUAACUUCACACCCACCGACGAUGAAAAGGAUCAUGUCCACAAAAAGUUUGGCUAUGAUUUAAAGAUUCCUCGAAAUUUCUGCCGUACAGUAGAAGCAUAUAAUCCCAAUGAUAUCAACACAAAUCCCCAGCAACCGAAAUCUCAAAUCAAUCCACAGAGUUUACAGUUUUGUGAUAAUUUGGGAAUCGAUGAUCCCUUAUCCAUGGCUAUGAUUGUUGGCGGUCAUGAAUUGAGUCAUUCGAGUACACUCGAUGGAAGUGAUUUAAAUGAUUCGGGUUUAUUCGAUCAGUCAAAUGCUGAAUUGAAUUCUUCAUGUGACACAAUUAGUCCGUUGAAGCGAAAAAGUGGUUUGUGUUUGCCAAAACCGAUUGGUAUAACAAGUCCGAGUAGUCAAGAUGAGAUUUCAAUUGAAGCCAGUGAACGAGAUAGUGAAGAAAUGAUGCCAGAUUUGAGUCCACCACUUGAGAUGAAGGAAGAAACCACUCUGCCGACGAUAGAAGAGAUUCCGAAUUUAAAUGCAAAACCACCAAUGAAAAAAUUCAAACGAAGAAAUGAGGAAAUUUACAAGACAGAAGAGGAUGAAGAAUUGUGAAGAAGGAGUAUGUUGUUUUGUGUACAUAAAAGCGACAUGAAUGUACGAAGUUUAAUUUGUAAUACAAGUUGGAAGUAUUUUAUUAGACUUUCAAUUAAAUUGAGUUUUUUUUUACG